AUGAAGCUCUUGACCUACACUUUCUUCAUCUCCAUGGCUCUGCUGUCCGAAUCCUACCGGGUUUCAUCAGCGGUGUCUGCAAGCAAGGCUGAAGACACCAGCUCCGAGCAAGACACCCCAGCCGCGCUGUUCCUGAAUGAACAAGUGGCCGAUAACACCUUCAGCCUUGCCUCAUCCAACAGCUACCCAACAGCCCUGGAUGGAGAUGCACCCAGCCGAGAAGGAAGUUCAAGAAUCAUCAUUCUGGCUGACAGCGGGCUUUGGAGGGGUCCGAAAAUGCCCACCAGGAGCCUUCCCCUUCUCCGCCACUGGGACCUGGAAGCAGCUGCAGCCCCUGGGAAUGUCUUGGCCAUCGAGCGGAGGGACACGAACGAAGACGUUGCCUCUAAAGUUCCUAUUGGCCGCAGAGACACUAUGAGGUGCAUGGUGGGCAGGGUGUACCGUCCCUGCUGGGAGGUGUAG